AUCUCACGGAUGUCCCUGCACUGCUGCUUGUGGCCAGGGCUUUCAUUAUACCGUCGUUCUGCGCCGGUUUCAUCUGCAUCGUUCUUUACAUUAUCAAAAUUAUCGUACUGGUGCUAAGGCCGUCAUGGCGACGUAUCCACAUCAAGGCAGCAUAUUUGACGUUUUCGGCUAUGGCAGGAGUUUCCGCUGCCAUAGCUGUUGUUAUAUACAUCACCAUGUUGGAAGCUGAAGCCUACCAACUGCUCUGGGCCCCAAUACUUCCAGGGGUAGGAGGCUGUCUCUUCGUAUGUAUUGCUGUCGGUGGCUACCUCAGCUGGAGAAACCACCCCGUCGAUGAAGACACAGAGGACAGGUCAGAGUUCAAUGAACGAGUCCCAAGCCUGCACCAGAUUUCUCAACUAGGAAAGCAUCCGCAUAACGGUCACGUGAAUGGUUACCCUCGGAAUUCGACAAGGAAAGGUGGAAACGCAGAGAUUUUUUGA